AGGGAUGUGACGUGAGCGAGCGGGAGUAUGGAAAACCGAACACUGGAUAAUCCCUCUCUCUCUCUCUCUCUCUCUCUCUCUCUCUCUCAUCCUCCGCUUUUCCUUCACUCAGUGUGUCACUACUCCACAUCCUUGAUCUUCUUCUGACCAGAGGGGAAAAAAACAAUCAGUCCACCAUUCAUACGCGCUGACAGUGACAUGCAGCACAGAGGGCGGCUGCUGCUGCAUACACAGAGAAACAUUACAACCUCAGAGAGGAUCCAGUCAGGAGUAAAGCCAGAAAUCUGACUCAGGAGCUUCAUUUCCAGACAUCUGUUUUCCUCCUCAGCCCUGCAGCAGGAAGCAAAGCAGAAGGGUAAGAAGGUGACUGCAGCCGGUGAUGGAGCUGGUCGUCUGACGCGUGACGUCCUGGGAAGGUUUGAAGAACAAGGACCGAGCACAAUGAGCGGUCAGGACAAAUGGGUCACACUGACCCCGGCAGAGUUUGCCCUGCUGCAGGAAUACACUCAAUACUCCACCAAGAAGCUGAAGGAUGUGUUGCAGGAGUUCCAUGGAGACGGAGUGUUGGCUAAAUACAACCCAGAGGAGAAGCAGGAAAUCCUCAGUCAGGAGAUUGACUUCGAAGGUUUCAAGGUCUUCAUGCAGACGUUCCUGGAGAGUGAACUCCCUGAGGAGUUCUGUCAACAUCUCUUCAUGUCGUUUAGCAACAAGGGACCCAAACCCAGUCCCUCAUCUGCUGACAAGCCCAGAGUCUCUGGCCUUAAGCUCAUCAAAAGCAACUCGACUCCUCUGAAGACCCCCGCCCCGCCCGGCCCUCUGGAUACGGUGCAGCUGAAGGAUAUUGUGUUUUACCUCUCGCUGCUGGAAGGCGGGCGCCCUGAGGACAAACUAGAGUUUAUGUUUCGUCUCUACGACACAGAUGGAAAUGGAUCGCUGGAUAGCUCGGAGCUGGAGCACAUUAUCUCCCAGAUGAUGCACGUAGCAGAGUACCUGGAAUGGGACGUGACGGAGCUCAAACCAAUCCUCCAGGAAAUGAUGCAGGAGAUCGACUACGAUCAGGACGGCACGGUGUCCCUGGGGGAGUGGAUCCAAGGAGGCCUGACCACCAUCCCGCUGCUGGUCCUGUUGGGCCUGGAGACGAAUGUGAAAGACGAUGGGCAGCACGUGUGGAGGCUGAAGCACUUCAACAAACCCGCCUACUGUAACCUGUGUCUCAACAUGCUAAUUGGGCUGGGGAAGCAGGGACUCUGCUGCUCAUUUUGCAAGUAUACGGUCCAUGAGCGCUGUGUGGCUCGCGCUCCGCUUUCUUGCAUCAAAACGUACGUGAAGUCCAAGAAAAACACUGAGGUAAUGCAUCAUUUCUGGGUGGAGGGGAACUGCCCCACCAAGUGUGACAAGUGUCACAAAACCAUUAAGUGUUACCAGGGCCUGACUGGGCUCCACUGUGUGUGGUGUCAAAUCACGCUCCAUAACAAGUGUGCUUCCCACGUCAAACCUGAGUGUGACUGCGGACCCCUGAAGGAUCACAUCCUGCCCCCAAACUCAAUCUGCCCCGUCGUCCUGGAACGGCAGUCCACUCUGAGGAAGGACUCGCGGUCCAGUCAGUCGAGUCGAGGAAAGAUGCAGAGAGCGAACUCGGUCACAGUGGACGGCCAAGGACUGCAGAUCACAACAAUAGAGGGCACUCAUCCUCUGCUGGUGUUUGUCAAUCCGAAGAGCGGGGGCAAGCAGGGGGAGAGGAUUUAUAGAAAGUUCCAGUAUCUCCUGAACCCGAGACAAGUGUACAACCUGGCCAAGAGUGGACCAAUGCCGGGUUUGAACUUCUUCCGAGAUGUUCCUGAUUUUAGAGUAUUGACCUGCGGAGGAGACGGCACUGUGGGCUGGAUCCUGGACUUUAUUGAUAAGGCCAACCUGGACAGGAGCCCCCCUGUAUGUAUACUUCCUCUUGGCACGGGCAAUGACUUGGCGAGAUGUCUGCGAUGGGGAGGAGGCUAUGAGGGCGAAAACCUCCUGAAGAUCCUUCGGGACAUCGAGAACAGCACAGAGGUGAUGCUGGAUCGCUGGAAGAUCGAUGUGACAUCUGCUGACAAGGAGGAGCGAGGGGACCCGGUGCCUUACAGCAUUAUGAACAACUACUUCUCCAUAGGAGUGGAUGCAUCUAUUGCACAUCGUUUCCAUGUGAUGAGAGAAAAGCACCCGGAGAAAUUUAACAGCAGAACAAAGAAUAAGCUGUGGUACUUUGAGUUCGGCACUUCGGAGACGUUUUCGGCCACGUGUAAGAAGCUCCAUGACUUCUUGGAGGUGGAGUGUGAUGGCGUCACUCUGGACCUUAGCAGUAUCUCCUUAGAAGGCAUUGCUAUCCUCAACAUUCCCAGCAUGCAUGGCGGCUCCAAUCUUUGGGGCGAGAGCAAGAAGAGGCGAGGUCAGCGCAAGGCGGGGAAGAAGAGUCGAGAAAAACGGACACCAGUGGUCGACCCCAAAGAGCUCAUGUUUGCUGUUCAAGACCUGUCUGACCAGCUUCUGGAGGUGGUGGGGCUUGAAGGAGCCAUGGAAAUGGGUCAGAUCUACACGGGCCUGAAGAGCGCCGGUAGACGGCUGGCCCAGUGCUCCUCUGUAACCAUCAGAACCACCAAGUCCCUACCGAUGCAGAUUGAUGGUGAGCCGUGGAUGCAGACUCCCUGCACUAUUCAGAUCGUCCAUAAGAACCAGGCUCACAUGCUGAUGGGAGCGCCGCAAGGCCGCAGCUUCCUCUCUUCAAUCCUCAGACGAACGCGCUCUGAAAGCAAAGACUAAACCGUCAUCGGAUCCGAGUCGUUUCGAGCUGCUGCAGAAGCAGCUGUGGGAAAGUUUCAUGAAGACCCAGUGGUCCAGCCGAGGAAGGGACUCUGACGCCUGUUUGAUAGCCCAGCGGCCCGUAGCGCGCUGUAGCUUCGGUUUGUGUUGCCUGCAGCAUGAAGAUGUCUCUGAGAUUGAAUCCAAAAUAAGCUGUGAUCGGAACAGAGUUUGAUCUUCAGUGAGCUCCAAAAAUACCCCAGUUAUUUCUGGAAGUCCACCUCUGUUCUUGUUCUAUUUUCUGUAAAAAUGUAUUUUAUUUUUUUUUUGCUGUUGUCCUCUGUGCCAAUUUGAACAACCAAAUGGAUAAAUUAUGCAUUUAUUAAUGUAAUAUUUUUUGUUAUUUAUGCUUAUUUUGUAUGCAUUUCUGCAUUCACCUGAUGCAUGAUGGAAAGUAAAAAAGGUUGCUGCUGUUUCA